GUAGUGCACCUGGCCCUUUGUCGGCUAAUUGUUCGCGACCUUGCAGUAGAGAAUUGCGGCAACCUGCAGAGAGACAAGGUGGGCCUCGCGCUGUGGUCCCUUGCAGUCGUGUGGCCAUCCCUUCCUCAGUCAGAGUCCUGGGCCCGGCUUUUGGCCUCGACGCUUCUUGCUGCUCAACCAUGGCAGCUGGCACCGAGCUACGAGGUCACCAACGAUGCCUGGGCUUUCACGCAGCUUCCGCCAGAUCUGACCAGCAUGAUGUGGCCCUCUCUCCUGUCUUCAGCAUCACAGAUUACACCGAGCUCGCUGUCGCAGCACGAGCUCUGCAACUUGAUGGCCGGGCUUUCUCGCUGUCCGAAGGACGUGAUCCUGUGCCACGAGGUGUUUACAUCCUUCGCACAAGAGUUGGUGAACCGACUCCGGCUGCCCAGCGGGCCACCGGCCACCUCGGAGCACGACAAGCGGCUUCUG